GGCGGGAAAACCCUAGUUUUUACAGUUGAGCGCGCCAGGUCUGUUGUCAUUUCCAGUUCCCCAUUCUAGAGAGAGAGAGAGAGAGAGAGAGAGAGAGAAUGGUGGGUCUGCCGUAUGAUUUCAUGGCCAACCCCCUCGGAGCCGUCCGAUUGACCUUCGAGAAGGCAAUGGCGGCAGCGGAGGCGUCUGGCUCCGAUCCGGCCAACUUUGACGGCAAAGACUGGGGCGUCGCUGAUCUCUUUCGUCAGUUCCUCUUCGACAACGGCGGCCUCUCUCAGGUUCCAGUACUUAAUUCUACAAAUUUCAAACGGGUUCAGCCAAACACACUGGUUCGGUUCCGAGGAAUGAUACAAGACAUGCUGGGGAAUGAACUCUAUGUUGGCGUAUAUAAGGAAGGUCCAAAUUGGAGAACCAACAAGUUUAUGGAUGUUUCUCAAUUUCCUAUGGGUUCUAGACCUGAUAUGCGAGUUUGGGAGCGCCGACUUCUAUACUGUGUCCCUGUCCCUGGACAGAAUUCAUGGGUCGAACCUUCCAGUGAAGCUGUGAUAAAUUGUUAUAGGAAUGGGACAUCCCAGCAAAGAGAGAAGCGUCAGAGAGAUGACAACACAGCUACUGAUCCCAUGGAAUUGCAUGUCUCAGAUGAUGAAUUUCAGGGUUCUUCAAGUAAUAAAAAGUUGCGAGAAGGUGAACUCCCUUUUGAGUCUUCUAAGGCACAGGAUUUUGUAAGUGAAAGCGCCUGUUCUAGUGUUAGUAUGGUGCCUACUUUUGACAAAGAUUCUCUUCCUUGUCUAGUUAAGAUAUAUGAUUCUCCAGAGUCUGACUUGAAGUUGAAUGAUGUUUUUGAAUUUGUUGGUGUCUUCACUUUUGAUCCUGAGCUUGUGGUUAAGGAUGACACUGAUGAGUUUUCUGAUCUUUGUGAUGAUGUGUUGGCUAAUUUGCCUCCUAGCAAGGUACCACGUCUUCAUUGUUUAAUACACAGGAAGCUUGCAGUUCAUGACUUUAUUUCUAAUUCCCCUGUGAUGGAGGUAAAACCCCAUUUGGUCAAACAGAUAAGGGAAUCUGUGCUGGGCCAUCUCACUGCUGUUCUUGGCAAUGAUGGAUUAGCAGCUCAUUUCAUGUUGUUGCAUCUUUUAUCCAGAGUGAAUGGUAGAGUGGACACUCUUGCUGUGGGGAAGCUUUCUCUAAACCUCACAUGUUUUAACAAAGAAAGUGUGUCUGUGUUCGGCAAUCAGCUUACCCUUGCAAUCAUGAAUCUCCUUCCUUUCACACAUCGCAUACCUCUUACAGUGGAUUAUCUUAACUCAGCUUCACUUGCCCCAAAAAAAGAUUAUCAAUUGAACAGACUGGUAACCGGAGUUCUGCAGCUAGCUGAAGGCUCUCACUUAACCAUUGAUGAGACCCAAUUGAAAGCAGGGACCCUGAACUCUGUUGGGGUUGAGAAUGCAAGAUUGCUAAAAAAUCUAAUGCAGUUGCAAAAGGUGGAAUAUGACUUCAAGUACUACAAAAUGGAAAUGGCAGCGGACGUCCAAUUGCUCAUUCUUUCUGAAGGGAAAUCAAACAUCUUACCAGCUGACUUAGUUUUGCCUUUCCAGCCUUCUUCAGUGGAUAGCACUGAACCUGUUGCUACAGAAGCACUUGAAGCUUGGAGGUGGUACUUGGUUACUCUUAGAUUACUGCCAAACUCUAUUGACCCAGAAUUGCAGAAGGUAAUAGAAGAUGACUUGGUUGCAGCAAGGCAAGCAGAUCGGACUUUAAGCAGCCAAGAUUUUAGCAGAUUGCUGACAAUGGGCCGGCUAAUGUCUCUGAGUUAUGGUGAAACCUCCUUGUCAUUGGAACAUUGGCAAAUGGUGAAAGAACUGGAGAGGCUAAGAAGGGAGCGGCUGAAAUGAAUUGCAUAUACAUUUUCUGGGAUUGGUACUGGUGUAAAAAAAAACUCUAGCUGUAAUCCUGAUGCUGUGGAUGAAUUGAGACUGUUGAAUGGUUUUUGUAAUACUAUAGUCGUUGCCGUA